GACUUUAAGGGUAGCUCUUUGGGAUAUGUUAUAGUAUCGGGAGUAUAGCUCGCGCGCCGUUGCCUUUGGCUCAAGGCACGCGCGCCCUAUUUGCCCGGACACUGCUUGUGUUCGCUAUGUGCUGGAAAGAUCAUUACAUCGAUAUUAUCCUAUCUUAUCCGUCCAUUCCUCUUACUGAACCACCUCAGUACGAUACCGGACGCUAUUUGCCAUCCGCUUCCCAUGGAAUUGGAUGCUAUUUGGGUUACCAGGCUCACUUUCGAUUUGCGGGGAUCCUUAUUUGUGACGGCAGUUGUUCACGGCGGCGAUGGAACGUGCAGCGGUGAAGAUGUUCUGGGAACUAUCGUGGCAUGUUGGCUUGGUAGCAUCGCGUGGACUGUGCUGUGCAACGUAGUUUUCAUCGAGGGGGUGAUUCGCGAGGUGCAGAUUCUGACGGCCCAGAGAGAGCUGAAGGCGGCCGAUUCCAUUCUCCAGGGCACUUGUGAUGCUGUGGUCGUAUUGGACCAGGGGCUCAAGGUCACGCAGGGCGCGGAAUCCGUGGCGAACAUGCUGAUGAUGUCCCCACCAAAGAUCCAGGGCGAGAGCGUUUUGUCCCUGAUCGCCACCGAAGAGGAACGCGAAAGAUUUGAGGAUAUGGUGCGUGGCGCCCGAUCCAGCGCGUUCCCAGGUCCGUGCACGGCUUUCAAUACCUCCCUGAAGGACAGUGCUGCCAUCUCGUGCACUGUCGAGGCGCUGUGCGUGAAGUAUUUGCAGGCCGACGGCGGGGGUGAGUCGUUUUUGCUCGGUUUCCGGGAAGCGGACCUGCCUGCAGUCCCUCGCCUGACAACUUUCUCAAGCUCCGUCCCGCGGAGCAGACGUUCUCGGCCCCCGCCGCCACCCGCUGAGCAGUUGGUUGAGCAUCCGCAGGCCAUGAGAUCUGCCCGAAGCACGGACGCCCUGGCCGCCCAGGACGACAGCUCGGAUGGAGCCAGCUCGUCCACGGGGCAGAGCAGCGACAGCGACGACGCAUGUACUCCAACAGGAUGUCGGCCACCUGCCCUGUGGUUUGAUCCCAGUUCCCCUGAGUUUGAGCUGGUCAAGAGCAGCGCCGAGUUCAGGAUGCUUACCGGCUUCACCGAUGAGGAGAUGACAAACCUGGGAGGUGUUCUGACGUGGGUGCGCAAUGAGCAGAGGGAAGCUUUCGCAACUUGGGUGCGCAACUUCGCCGACGGCACCCAGAAUCAGGAGAGUCAACGUUCCGACGCUCGUGCAGGAGUCAAAUUGUGUAUCGCGAGCGAGAAGCACAAGGCCCAGUUUCAGGCGGAGGUGCACUUGGAGACGUGCUGGUCAAAGGCCAUUCCCAUGACCCUCAAGCUCGUGGUCCAUGGCUUCCGAGCCCAGCAGAAGAAUACUAAUAAGGGUAGGAGCAGGAGGACUCGAGAACGACGUGACGAUUCUUCUGAUGCCGACGAGGCUACACCGCACGAGGGCAAAAGAAGGGUACGCAGUGAAGACUUUGAGGUUCGCGACUCAGGGCUACAUGUGCAGUGCGACAUCGGGAAUGGCGAGUCUGAUAAUGAUCCGCUCGUGGUCACGAGGAGCAUCAGCCCUGGUCUCCAGCUGCUUCUUGGCACCGGCGAUUCAGGGCAAGAUGUGUGCGACUUGUUCGCCCAGACAGAGGUCGACCGACUCGAAAGUUGGUUGCACGACGAGUAUUUCGCCUGGUCUCAGCGUAAUGACGCCUCCUCCGCCACCAGCCACUGGUUUUCCUUAAAAAUGCCAGCUCUGGAAACAAUAGACGUCCGCAUUGAGGUCAAUUGUAGGCUCGCGUUUCAGCGUGGAGACUUGGGCAUGUGCCUGGUGAUCCAACGAAUGCGAUGGUCGCCCAUCAAGGGGUUGACAAGGGCCAAGGCGCGCAGAAGGCCAAGGACUGUCGGCACGCCGGCAAGGGUGGAUUCGGCGAUGCUCGACACGCUGAGUGGACACGUGAGCCUGUGAUGGACCUUAGUCAUCACACUUCCGUCGGGCACAGCAAUUGCUUAGGCGUGUAGGCGUUCAGGACAACUGUGGUGCGACUGAGUACUUUGGAACUGAGCUGCAA